GGAGGGAGAAAGAGAGAAAAAUAGAAAGAAAUAAGAAAGAUGAGGUUAGAAAGAUCAUCGGUUUUGCGUAUUCGCUGUAUCGUAUCCGUGACGUAACAGAGCGGAACGUCGUUUCUUCAUUGUAUGCACAUAUUAUGCUGGCAAAGCUGAGCGAAACCGUGUUGGCAGCACUGAUGUCUGUUUGCGGAUGACUGUCAAAACCUACUUUCUCGACGAAGUCCACAGCUUUUCGUGUCGGAACGAAAGAAGACACGAUGAAUUUAUCCAAUUCGUAGAACAAGAAGUGUCGUGGGCCACGGUGUCGCAUGGAAGAGCGUUCCUUUAUUUGAAAAGAGUGAGUGAGUGCAAGCCCCGACCUUUGUUGUUCUCGUUUACUUCGUCUCAAGUCCAUCCAUCGCUCGAUGGGUGUUGGGCCAUCGUGUCUUCUUCGGCGGAAAGGAAAACGGCACCGAUUCGAACGCGAGGAGAAAAGUUUAAAACUUUCGCCCUCGCGUUUAUCGACGCGCGAAUCUCUCUUAACCUCUAUUAUUAUUAUCCUUUGUUAAAUCCGCUUACAGUGGAGUGUUGGAGGUAGUGCAUGAGACUUCAAGUUCUGUCAUCUUCUACUCGCAUCCAACCCCUUUUUUUUACGAGAACCAGCUGAUUGGAAAGCAUUAUUCAAUGGAACUUCUAUACGCCUGACAGCCAUCCUUUGAACAUCGACGCAUUAUUUCCACCAGACAUUGACAGUCAAUAUCUUCGCAACAAUUUUUGUUCCAUAAAUUUCAAUCAAAAUGCUUGCCCCAUGACCAAAAGAUUAUUAUGUAAAAAGUACAAGACAACCAUAUCUGCCAAAAGGUACAGAGUUCUCCCAAUCAAGAAUUAUUCAUUGAAGAUGAAUAACAGACUUGAAGAGGCAGAGUCAAAAUGGACUUGUGAAUAUUGUACGUAUGAGAAUUGGCCUUCAUCUUUGAAAUGCACAAUGUGUAGAGGUGCCAAGCCUUUAUUGGGUGAAGAUAUUUAUCGCUUACGUAAUACAAGUCCACAAAGGUCAGGAUCAAAUGUUGCUUCUGGCCCUGUAUCUCAUAUAAGUCCAACAGAUCCAUAUAAUCUAACCUCUCAGAACUAUAGUCACAAUGUACCAGCUGGAGGAAUGUGGUCAUGUGGCAUAUGUACGUAUCUCAAUUAUCAAAAUGCCUCGCGCUGUGUUCAAUGCAGUAAUAAGAAACCUGGUGGACAUAACCAAUCAAUACACUCUAUAGCUUCCAAUUUACACGAGCAUCUAGCACCACUUAGAUUAGGAGAUCCUCCAUCUAAUUUAGGCUCAAAUUCUCAAGUAAAUCCACCAGCAAUAAAUUUGCAUCCUGAAAGGUACUAUAAUGUACAGACUAAUGCACAUCCAGAAAAAUGGUCCUGUCUUGUAUGUACUUAUGAAAAUUGGCCAAAAGCUACAAAAUGUGUUAUGUGUUUUCAUCCAAAAGAAAAAGAUAAAAGAGAAAGAUCUGCAACAAAUGUAGGAUUAAUUUUACCAAGUCCUGAGAGAGAUCAUAAUCAACGUAGUUUACCAUCUCCGCCUCAUGCACCUUAUAUUCAUCAAACGCAACGAGAGGAGAAUUCUGCAAUUGCAAGAAGCACAAAAUGUGUUGCUUUUUACAGAAGUUCACACAGAUUUACUGAUAGUAGAAAUGACAGUUUAUCGACACCACAGUCUCCUAAUAAUUGUGAUUAUGAGCGUAGAUUGAAACAGUUAAGACGUCAUACCGAUUGGUGCUGGUUAAAUGCAUGUCUUGGUAUUGUUGAAGGCGAUAAUGCACCUGUUGAAGCAUAUUUAGCAAGUGGUGGUGAUCCAGCUCGUCAAUUAACACAUUCUGAAGUACUACUGUUAAACAGAAGUAGUGCUUUCGAUGUUGGACACACUUUAGUACAUUUGGCAAUCAGAUUUCAACGAGAAGAUAUUUUGGCUACAUUAUUAUCACAAAUUGAAGGUUCUGGUUCUGGUAUAAAAAGAGUACCUAGUUACGUAGCACCUGAUUUGGCUGCUCAAAUACGUAGGCAUGUAAUGAAUAAUAUUCGUUUACGCAAGGGUUCUUUCUCUUGUUAUUUUGUUACUGAUAUGGCUACAUUUGCACUGCCUGCAGAGGUGGAAGAUUUACCAAGUAUAGUGCAAGAACAGAUGUUAGGAGAAUUAUUAGAUAAGGAAGCUCAACAACAGCUAGAAGGAGGUGGUGGUGAGCCACCUGCAUUAAAUUGGUCCUUAGAAAUUACAGAACGAUUAGGCAGCCGUUUGCACGCACUUUGGAAUAGAUCUGCUGGAGAUUGUUUGUUAGAUUCUGCUAUGCAAGCAACAUGGGGUGUUUUUGAUAGGGAUAAUGCUUUAAGAAGAGCUCUCGCCGAUUCUUUACAGCAAGCAGGACAAUUUUUUUAUCCACGAUGGAGAGAGUACGAGGCAUCGCAGGCUUCAAGAAUGUUAGAUUUUACAUUAGAAGAAACACAAUGGCAAGAAGAUUGGGAAAGUUUAUUAGCAACAGCUGCUCAACCCGGCAGUGCCCUAGAACAAUUACAUGUUUUUGCACUUGCUCAUAUAUUAAGAAGACCUAUUAUUGUUUAUGGCGUUAAAUAUGUUAAAAGUUUUCGUGGGGAAGAUAUAGGUUAUGCAAGGUUUGAGGGCGUUUAUCUUCCACUUUUAUGGGAACCUUCAUUUUGUAUUCGUUCUCCUAUAGCAUUGGGUUAUACACGUGGUCAUUUUACUGCUUUGGUUCCCAUAGAACCAUAUGCAUCCUCUAGAAUACCACCGAUUUCUUCUCAUGGUGGAGGGAAUGGUCCAUUGCAACAAUUGCAAAUACAAAUGCAAACCACUUUUAUGCCAUUAAUGGACAGAGAACAUAAAUUAUUACCAAUUCAUUUUUUGAGUCCAGACGAAAUUGGACGAGAAGAAUCUAUUUUAAAAGACUGGCUUGACGUUUGUAGGACGGAAGGUGGUAUUCUUGUUGCACAGCAAAAAUUACACAAGAGGCCAUUGCUUGUUGCACAAAUGUUAGAAGAAUGGCUGAAUCAUUAUCGUAGACUUGUUCAAACGAAUAAUGCACCAUUUUCAAGACCAGUUGCUUUACAAGAUUAUAGUAGCGAUGGUGAUACAGAAGACGAAUAAUAAAAUCCAGGCACUUGAUCAAUAACGAGAAUGUCCUUUUUCUAUAAUUUCGAUACCAACGCAUCUAGAAUUAUAACGCAAGAUCUAUAUGAUCUGAAGUUUAUAAAAAUAUUUGAAGAAAAAAAUUUGACUUAAUAUCAUAAUAGCAUGCACAAUGUUAUAUGGAUACGAUCGUUUCACAAUAUCUUUCUACUCUAUAAAAUUUUCUGAUUCUCUAUUUAAUUAAUCUUUGUUAUAACAAUAGUUAAUUGAGGAUGCUCUUGGAUUUAUCAAGACGUUGCAAAAAGAAAUUACUUAUAAGUGUGAUAUAGUAUAUAUCGUCAAUUACAAAAUUAAGGUUUUACAGUGAUAUUAUCGUUUGCACAAUUUCGCAUAGUGUAGUAUAAAAACUUCAAUGAAUUAUUCAAGAAUAUUAUAUAAAAACGAAACUAUGGAUCAAGGAUAAUCUCGUUUUCUUUUUUCUUUUCUCUUUCUCUCUAAUUUUUUUUUUUUUUUUUUUUUUUUUUUUUUUUUUUUUUUUUUUUGAGUAGUGUCCUAUCAAUAAUAAUGUUAAUACCUAAAAGUCAUAGCCAUAAAUCUCUGAUAUAUGUUUACAAAUUUACAAAACCAUCUCUCUCUUCAUCGGAGUGUGUAUAAAAAGAAACAUUUGAUGGUUCUAAUACAGACCAUGUGAUCAUUAAUUAAAGCUAGUAUUACAAAAAGAAAAAUUCAUGUGUAUAGCUGUCUUUGAAUCAAGUUAACUAUGAAGCUGCGUUAACGAUGAAGCUGGAUACAACGACAUGUUUCUUCAGUGAGAGAGACAGGGUAAAACGUUGUGUUUCUUUCUAUGGUUGCUCCUGGUGUGUUAACGCAAUGUGAUACCAAUUGAAAACUGUACUUUUCUCCGUAUGUAAAACUUGUGAGCGUGAAUGAAUUAAUUAUAAUAUAGUAGUGUCGCAAUGAUUAAGACAGUUUAACGUUAUUGAGAGUAGAGAGCUUUUUUAAAGCGAUAAGGACUAAAAAGAAACAAAAGUAGUUCUACUUAAGGAUUAAGAUUAUAUCUGGUAAACACACCAAUGAUAUAUGAUGUAUUUGCAGAUAAUGAGCAAAGAUUUACGAUAUAUUUGGCUUGGCCAAACGAUUAACCCUAAUCAAAAAGUACAAAAAAUCGUAAAAGGAAAAGUCAUUUCUUUAUAAAUGUUAAACUAUUCGCUUAAA